GUUAACUCUGGUGCCACAUGAGGAGAAACCGAAGCUCACUGCACACUUAAGUGACGAGUUGCCACCAUAGUCUCCAGACCCUGAGGGACAACGUCAGGGCAGAGGGGCAGGGAAGAAGGAGCUGUUUCUCCAGAUUUUGGAUCAUUGUUUGACUUGGAAAAUGAUCUUCCUGAUGAACUGAUCCCCAAUGGAGGAGAAUUAGGCCUUUUAAACAGUGGGAACCUUGUUCCAGAUGCUGCUUCAAAACAUAAACAGCUGUCGGAGCUUCUUCGAGGAGGCAGUGGCUCUAGUAUCAACCCAGGAAUAGGAAAUGUGAGUGCCAGCAGCCCUGUGCAACAGGGUCUAAGCAGCCAGGCUCAAGGGCAGCCGAACAGUACGAACAUGGCCAGCCUGGGGGCCAUGGGCAAAAGCCCUCUGAACCAGGGAGAUUCAUCAGCCCCCAGCCUGCCCAAACAGGCAGCCAGCACCUCUGGGCCCACUCCCCCUGCUUCCCAAGCACUGAAUCCACAAGCACAAAAGCAAGUGGGGCUGGUGACCAGCAGCCCUGCCACAUCGCAGACUGGACCUGGGAUCUGCAUGAAUGCUAACUUUAACCAGACCCAUCCAGGCCUCCUCAAUAGUAACUCUGGCCAUAGCUUAAUGAAUCAAGCCCAGCAAGGGCAGGCGCAAGUCAUGAAUGGAUCUCUUGGGGCUGCUGGCAGAGGAAGGGGAGCUGGAAUGCCAUACCCUACUCCAGCCAUGCAGGGGGCCACGAGCAGUGUGUUGGCCGAGACUUUAACACAGGUUUCCCCGCAAAUGGCCGGCCAUGCGGGACUGAACACGGCACAGGCAGGAGGCAUGACCAAGAUGGGAAUGACUGGUAACACAAGUCCAUUUGGACAGCCUUUCAGUCAACCUGGAGGGCAGCAAAUGGGAGCCACUGGAGUGAACCCCCAAUUAUCCAGCAAACAGAGCAUGGUCAAUAGUUUGCCUACCUUCCCUACAGACAUCAAGAAUACUUCAGUCACCAAUGUGCCAAAUAUGUCUCAAAUGCAGACAUCAGUGGGAAUUGUACCCACACAAGCAAUUGCAACAGGCCCCACAGCAGACCCUGAAAAACGCAAACUGAUACAGCAGCAGCUGGUUCUACUGCUUCAUGCUCAUAAAUGUCAGCGACGAGAACAAGCCAACGGAGAGGUUCGGGCCUGCUCUCUCCCACAUUGUCGAACCAUGAAAAACGUUUUGAAUCACAUGACUCAUUGUCAGGCUGGGAAGGCCUGCCAAGUUGCCCAUUGUGCAUCUUCACGACAAAUCAUCUCUCAUUGGAAGAACUGCACACGACAUGACUGUCCUGUUUGCCUCCCUUUGAAAAAUGCCAGUGACAAGCGAAACCAACAAACCAUCCUGGGGUCUCCAGCUAGUGGAAUUCAAAACACAAUUGGUUCUGUUGGCACAGGGCAACAAAAUGCCACUUCUUUAAGUAACCCAAAUCCCAUAGACCCCAGCUCCAUGCAGCGGGCCUAUGCUGCUCUUGGACUCCCCUACAUGAACCAGCCUCAGACGCAGCUGCAGCCUCAGGUUCCUGGCCAGCAACCAGCACAGCCUCCAGCCCACCAGCAGAUGAGGACUCUCAACCCCCUGGGAAAUAACCCGAUGAACAUUCCAGCAGGAGGAAUAACAACAGAUCAGCAGCCAAAUUUGCUUUCAGAAUCUGCUCUUCCAGCUUCCCUGGGGGCCACCAACCCACUGAUAAACGAUGGCUCAAACUCUGGCAACAUCGGAAACCUCAGCACGAUACCUGCAGCAGCACCUCCUUCCAGCACUGGAGUUCGGAAAGGCUGGCAUGAACAUGUCACUCAGGACCUUCGGAGCCAUCUAGUGCAUAAACUUGUCCAAGCCAUCUUCCCAACCCCUGACCCUGCAGCUCUGAAGGAUCGUCGCAUGGAGAACCUGGUUGCCUAUGCCAAGAAAGUGGAGGGAGACAUGUAUGAGUCUGCUAACAGCAGGGAUGAAUACUAUCACUUAUUAGCAGAGAAAAUCUAUAAGAUACAAAAAGAACUCGAGGAAAAACGGAGAUCGCGUUUACAUAAACAAGGCAUCUUGGGUAACCAGCCGGCUUUACCUGCCCCUGGGGCUCAACCCCCUGUGAUCCCACCGGCCCAGUCUGUGAGACCUCCAAAUGGACCCCUACCCCUGAAUCGCAUGCAGGUUUCUCAAGGGAUGAAUUCAUUUAACCCAAUGUCCUUGGGGAGUGUCCAGUUGCCACAAGCACCCAUGGGUCCACGUGCAGCUUCCCCAAUGAACCACUCUGUCCAGAUGAACAGCAUGGCCUCAGUUCCAGGGAUGGCCAUUUCUCCUUCCCGGAUGCCUCAGCCCCCCAACAUGAUGGGUGCACACGCCAACAACAUGAUGGCCCAGGCACCCACUCAGAACCAGUUUCUUCCACAAAACCAGUUCCCAUCUUCCAGUGGGGCCAUGAGUGUGAACAGUGUGGGCAUGGGGCAGCCAGCUGCCCAGACAGCUGUGUCACAGGGCCAGGUGCCUGGUGCUGCUAUCCCUAAUGCUCUGAACAUGUUGGGGCCCCAGGCCAACCAGCUGCCUUGCCCACCAGUGACGCAGUCACCGUUGCACCCGACGCCCCCUCCUGCAUCCACAGCUGCUGGCAUGCCAUCUCUUCAGCACCCGACGCCACCUGGGAUGACGCCUCCCCAGCCAGCAGCUCCCACUCAGCCAUCCACUCCCGCGUCAUCUUCUGGGCAGACUCCCACCCCAACUCCUGGCUCAGUACCCAGUGCUGCCCAAACCCAAAGCACCCCCACAGUCCAGGCAGCAGCCCAGGCCCAGGUGACCCCACAGCCUCAGACCCCAGUUCAGCCCCCAUCUGUGGCCACCCCUCAGUCAUCGCAGCAGCAACCAACACCUGUGCAUGCUCAGCCACCUGGCACUCCGCUUUCUCAGGCAACAACUAGCAUUGAUAACAGGGUUCCCACCCCGUCUUCAGUGGCCAGUGCUGAAACAAACUCCCAGCAGCCAGGGCCUGAUGUACCCGUGCUGGAAAUGAAGACGGAGGUCCAGACUGAGGACACUGAACCUGAUCCUGCUGAAUCCAAGGGGGAGCCUCGGUCUGAGAUGAUGGAGGAGGAUUUACAAGGGUCUUCCCAAGUUAAAGAAGAAACAGACACAGCAGAACAGAAGCCAGAACCAAUGGAAGUAGAUGAGAAGAAACCUGAAGUGAAAGUGGAGGUUAAAGAGGAAGAAGAGAGCAACGCUAAUGGUGCCUCCUCUCAGUCAACGUCCCCUUCGCAGCCACGCAAAAAGAUUUUCAAACCUGAGGAGCUACGCCAGGCACUUAUGCCAACCCUAGAAGCGCUCUAUCGACAGGACCCAGAGUCCUUACCUUUUCGGCAGCCUGUAGAUCCCCAGCUCCUAGGAAUUCCAGAUUAUUUUGACAUUGUGAAGAAUCCCAUGGACCUCUCUACUAUCAAGCGGAAGCUGGACACAGGGCAGUAUCAGGAGCCCUGGCAGUAUGUGGAUGAUGUCUGGCUCAUGUUCAAUAAUGCCUGGCUCUACAACCGCAAGACAUCCCGUGUCUAUAAGUUUUGCAGUAAACUUGCAGAGGUCUUUGAGCAAGAAAUUGACCCUGUCAUGCAGUCCCUUGGAUAUUGCUGUGGACGCAAGUAUGAGUUUUCCCCACAGACUUUGUGCUGCUAUGGAAAGCAGCUGUGUACCAUUCCUCGAGAUGCAGCCUACUACAGCUAUCAGAAUAGUUCACCCAAGUAUGGCCUUCUUGCUGACAGGUAUCAUUUCUGUGAGAAGUGUUUCACAGAGAUCCAGGGCGAGAAUGUGACCCUGGGUGACGACCCUUCACAGCCCCAGACGACAAUUUCCAAGGAUCAGUUUGAAAAGAAGAAAAAUGAUACCUUAGACCCUGAACCUUUCGUUGAUUGCAAGGAGUGUGGCCGCAAGAUGCAUCAGAUUUGUGUCCUGCACUAUGAUAUCAUUUGGCCUUCAGGCUUUGUGUGUGACAACUGCUUGAAGAAAACUGGCAGACCUCGAAAAGAAAACAAAUUCAGUGCUAAGCGACUGCAGACCACAAGAUUGGGAAACCACUUAGAAGACCGAGUGAACAAGUUUUUGCGGCGCCAGAAUCACCCUGAAGCUGGGGAGGUUUUUGUCAGAGUAGUGGCCAGCUCAGACAAGACUGUGGAGGUCAAACCUGGGAUGAAGUCAAGGUUUGUGGAUUCUGGAGAAAUGUCUGAGUCUUUCCCCUAUCGAACCAAAGCACUCUUUGCUUUCGAGGAGAUCGAUGGAGUGGAUGUGUGCUUUUUUGGAAUGCACGUCCAGGAGUACGGCUCUGAUUGUCCCCCGCCAAACACAAGGCGUGUUUACAUAUCUUAUCUGGACAGUAUUCAUUUCUUCCGGCCGCGAUGCCUCCGGACAGCUGUUUACCACGAGAUCCUUAUUGGAUACCUAGAAUAUGUGAAGAAAUUGGGGUAUGUAACAGGACACAUCUGGGCCUGUCCCCCAAGUGAAGGAGAUGACUACAUCUUCCAUUGCCACCCCCCUGAUCAAAAAAUCCCCAAACCAAAACGACUGCAGGAGUGGUAUAAGAAGAUGCUGGACAAGGCGUUUGCAGAGCGGAUCAUUCAUGACUAUAAGGACAUCUUCAAACAAGCAACCGAAGACAGGCUCACAAGUGCCAAGGAGUUGCCCUAUUUUGAAGGAGAUUUUUGGCCCAAUGUGUUGGAAGAGAGCAUUAAGGAACUAGAACAAGAAGAAGAAGAGAGGAAGAAAGAGGAGAGCACGGCAGCUAGCGAGACCCCCGAGGGCAGUCAGGGUGACAGCAAGAAUGCCAAGAAAAAGAACAACAAGAAGACGAACAAGAACAAAAGUAGCAUUAGCCGCGCCAACAAGAAGAAGCCCAGCAUGCCCAAUGUGUCCAACGACCUGUCCCAGAAGCUCUAUGCUACCAUGGAGAAGCACAAAGAGGUCUUCUUUGUGAUUCACCUACAUGCUGGGCCUGUCAUCAACACCCUGCCCCCCAUCGUGGACCCUGAUCCCCUGCUCAGCUGCGACCUCAUGGAUGGACGUGAUGCCUUCCUCACCUUGGCCAGAGACAAGCACUGGGAGUUCUCCUCCUUGCGCCGCUCCAAGUGGUCCACACUGUGCAUGCUGGUGGAGCUGCAUACCCAGGGCCAGGACCGCUUUGUCUAUACCUGCAACGAGUGCAAACACCAUGUAGAGACCCGCUGGCACUGUACUGUGUGUGAGGACUAUGAUCUUUGCAUCAACUGCUACAACACAAAGAGCCACACCCACAAGAUGGUGAAGUGGGGCCUGGGCCUGGAUGAUGAGGGCAGCAGCCAGGGUGAGCCACAGUCCAAGAGCCCCCAGGAGUCCCGGCGCCUGAGCAUCCAACGCUGCAUCCAGUCCCUGGUGCAUGCUUGCCAGUGCCGCAAUGCCAACUGCUCACUGCCAUCCUGCCAGAAGAUGAAGAGGGUCGUGCAGCACACCAAGGGCUGUAAGCGCAAGACCAAUGGAGGCUGCCCAGUGUGCAAGCAGCUCAUUGCUCUUUGCUGCUACCAUGCCAAACACUGCCAAGAGAACAAAUGCCCCGUGCCCUUCUGCCUCAACAUUAAACACAAGCUCCGCCAGCAGCAGAUCCAGCACCGCCUGCAGCAGGCCCAGCUCAUGCGCCGGAGGAUGGCCACCAUGAACACCCGCAAUGUGCCUCAGCAGAGUUUGCCUUCUCCUACCUCAGCACCACCUGGGACCCCCACACAGCAGCCCAGCACACCCCAGACACCACAGCCCCCUGCCCAGCCCCAGCCCUCACCUGUGAGCAUGUCACCAGCUGGCUUCCCCAAUGUGGCCCGGACUCAGCCCCCUACAACGGUAUCUGCUGGGAAGCCCACCAACCAAGUACAGGCCCCCCCACCCCCAGCCCAGCCCCCACCUGCAGCAGUGGAAGCAGCCCGGCAGAUUGAACGUGAGGCCCAACAGCAGCAGCACCUAUACCGAGUGAACAUCAACAAUGGCAUGCCCCCAGGGCGCACAAGCAUGGGAACCCCAGGGAGCCAAAUGGCCCCUGUAGGCUUGAAUGUGCCCCGACCCAACCAGGUCAGUGGGCCUGUCAUGCCUAGCAUGCCACCUGGGCAGUGGCAACAGGCACCCAUCCCCCAGCAGCAGCCAAUGCCAGGCAUGCCCAGGCCUGUGAUGUCCAUGCAGGCUCAGGCAGCUGUAGCUGGGCCUCGAAUGCCCAGUGUGCAGCCACCCAGGAGCAUCUCUCCCAGCGCCUUGCAAGACCUACUGCGGACCCUGAAGUCUCCCAGCUCCCCUCAGCAGCAGCAACAGGUGCUGAACAUCCUCAAGUCGAACCCCCAGCUAAUGGCAGCUUUCAUCAAACAGCGCACAGCCAAGUAUGUGGCCAAUCAGCCUGGCAUGCAGCCCCAGCCUGGCAUGCAGCCCCAGCCCAGCAUGCACCAGCAGCCUGGCAUGCAGAACCUGAACGCAAUGCAAGCUGGUGUGCCACGGCCUGGUGUGCCUCCACAGCAGCAGGCAAUGGGAGGCCUGAACCCCCAGGGCCAGGCUCUGAAUAUCAUGAACCCAGGACACAACCCCAACAUGGCAAGUAUGAAUCCACAGUACCGAGAGAUGCUGAGGCGGCAGUUGCUCCAACAACAGCAGCAACAGCAGCAGCAGCAACAACAGCAGCAACAGCAGCAGCAGCAGCAGCAGCAGCAGCAGCAGCAAGGCAAUGCCACCAUGGCUGGGGGCAUGACUGGGCAUGGCCAAUUCCAGCAGCCACAAGGACCCGGAGGCUACGCUCCAGCCAUGCAGCAGCAGCGCAUGCAGCAACAUCUCCCCAUCCAGGGUAGCUCCAUGGGCCAGAUGGCCGCUCAGAUGGGACAGCUCAGCCAGAUGGGGCAACCUGGGCUGGGGGCAGACAGCACCCCAAAUAUCCAGCAGGCCCUGCAGCAGCGGAUUCUACAGCAGCAACAGAUGAAGCAGCAGAUUGGGUCCCCAGGCCAACCGAACCCCAUGAGCCCCCAGCAGCACAUGCUCUCAGGACAGCCUCAGGCCUCGCACCUCCCUGGCCAACAGAUCGCCACAUCCCUUAGUAACCAGGUGCGGUCUCCAGCCCCUGUCCAGUCUCCGCGACCCCAGUCCCAGCCUCCACAUUCCAGCCCGUCACCACGGAUACAGCCCCAGCCUUCACCACACCAUGUCUCACCCCAGACUGGUUCCCCCCACCCUGGACUCGCAGUCACCAUGGCCAGCUCCAUGGAUCAGGGACACCUGGGGAACCCCGAACAGAGUGCAAUGCUCCCCCAGUUGAACACCCCCAACAGGAGCGCACUAUCCAGCGAACUUUCCCUGGUUGGUGACACCACGGGAGACACGCUAGAAAAGUUUGUGGAGGGUUUGUAGCAUUAUGAGAGCAUCACUUUUUGUCCCUUUCAUGUUCUUGGACCUUUUGUACUGAAAAUCCAGGCAUCUGGGCUCUUUUUAUUCCUAGAUGGAACUGCAACUUCCAGGCCAUGGAAGGGUGGAUUGAUGUUUAAAGAAACAAUACAAAGAAUAUAUUUUUUUGUUAAAAACCAGUUGAUUUAAAUAUCUGGUCUGUCUCUCUCGCUCUCGCUUUCUCUCUCUGUUUUUGGUUUGUUUUUUUUGUUUUGUUUUGUUUUUCUUUUUUUUUUGUUUUCUUUUUAUUUGGGGGGGAGGGGGGCUUGUUUGGAUUCUUUUUGUCGUCAUUGCUGGUGACUCAUGCCUUUUUUUAAUGGGAAAAGCAAGUUCAUUAUAUUCAUAUUUUUUAUUUGUAUUUUCAAGACUUUAAACAUUUAUGUUUAAAAGUGAGAAGAAAAAUAAUAUUCAGAAACUGGUUCCUGAAAUAAUGCAUCUUAUAAUGUAUCCCGAUAACUGAUGUUGCGGGAAGAUUUUUUUUCUAUAGUGAACUCUGUGGGCGUCUCCAAGUAUUACCCCUGGACGAUAGGAGUUGACUCGGCGUGCACACACGUACACACCCACACACAUCUAUCUAUACAUGCUGGCCUAAGCCAAACUCUUGUCUUGCAGAUGUAGAAAUUGUUGCUUUGUUUCUCUGAUAAAACUGGUUUUAGACAAAAAUAGGGAUGAUCACUCUCUUAGACCAUGCUAAUGUUAAUAGAGAAGAAGCAUUCUUUUCUUUCUUCUAUGUGAAACUUGAAAUGAGGAAAAGCAAUUCUAGUGUAAAUCAUGCAAGCGCUAUAAUUACUAUAAAUAAGAAAAUUCAAGAAGAUUCAAUCACUGUAUAGAAUGGUAAAGUACCAACUCAUUUCUUAUAUCAUAUUGUUAAAUAAACUGUGUGCAACAGACAAAAAGGGUGGUCCUUCUUGAAUUCAUGUACAUGGUAUUAACACUUGGUGUUGGGGUUUUUGUUAUGAAAAUGCUGUUUUCAACAUUGUAUUUGGACUAUGCAUGUGUUUUUCCCCCCAUUGUAUAUAAAGUAUCGCUUAAAAUUGAUAUAAAUUACUGAAGUUUUUAACAUGUAUUCUGUUCUUUAAGAUCCCUGUAAGAAUGUUUAAGGUUUUUAUUUAUUUAUAUAUAUUUUUGGAGUCUGUUCUUUGUAAGACAUGGUUCUGAUUGUUCGCUCGGAGUGGAGAGGCUGGGGCUGCGCUCAUGGUGGCAAUGCGGGGGGGUAGCUGGGAAACAUCCCAGGCCAACAGCCUCCUUGGGCUUCCUUCCCAGAGACUGAGAAAACAGCCUGGCCUCAGCCUCAACUUUUGAUGCUCACAGGUGAAUUUCACUCGUGCUUGAGGUCCACCAAUGGGUCUGAAAUAGCACUUUGCUUCCAGCCCACUUCCCCUGUCCUGCCUUCUGUUGGAGCCAGUCACCCUGGUGGUGGGGAGGACUUCCUGCCCUUCAGGUAGCCACCUGUUUCUAUCUGCAAAUCCCAGAAUUGAUGAAAAGGGUGCUCAAGGGACUCAGGGUGGUUCCUGACCCCAUUCCCUGCCCCCCUCUAAAAUCUUGAUUUCAUAGGGCAGAUACGUCCUUCAGCCUGUCUCAUCUGGCCUCAGCAGAGCCUUCUUUACACAGGCCAGGUGCCACCCAAGUCCCACCCUCCCCGAGGUCCAGUUGUGCCCUUACUGAGCAGAUGACAUGAGCUCUCGGAUGACAUCCAAGAGGAGGACCAACCCCAGGGGAGCCAAAAUUAACCACCUAGUCUGCUGCCCUCUCCCCCAGGAAUCCAUCAAAGAGUGGUCUAGAUGAGAAGAGCAGGGUUUGUGGUGUUGGAUUUAGAAAUUGUGGCCCUGAUAGGUUCCCUUUUGUGGCCCUUAUGUUCACAGAAGUAUUUUCAAAAUACUUGACUUUUGGCUUGGGAAUCUCAAUUUGAAGAUUUCAAAGAAAUUGGAAGAGUGCAAUGUAGAUAUAGCAUACAGGUUUCAAUCUUAAGUUUUAAUGAUGUGAAUUAAUCAGGUAAGGAUAAAAUCGCCCAUCCAACACCCCUGACCAACCCCCCCACCAUGGUGAUGGCAUGCCCUCCUGUGGAGAUCUGCCAUCUUGCUCAACUUACUUAGGUCCUUGCACAUUCAAAGUCCUCUUCAGAUUUCCUUUUCCACCAGAGAGGGAAGCCCUGAGCCCUGUGUACAAACAAAAAGCGGAUCUGGAGACCUGGAGGAGCCACUCCCAGCCCCUGCUCAGAAGGUGGUGCUCUCUGACAUGCAGCCUUUUAAUGGGCAAUGGGGUUAUCUUUUUCAGGUUAUCCUGGAAUUUAAAACUUAUGUACCAACCUCAUCCUCUUUGGAGUCUGCAUCCUAUGCAACUGUUCUGAGCAAUCAAUGUCAAGGGUGUGGGGCUGUGGAUACUAAUCCUAAGGAAAUUUCUGUAAGAACUGGAGAGCCCAGAUGCUGUGUCUCAUGCUGUAUACUUAAGAAGAGAAGAAAAAAGUCCUAUAUUUGUGAUCAAAAAGAGGGAACUUAAAAUGUGCUGGUGUUUAUAAUAAAAGCUGGUAAAACUGCUUGGAUUCAAA